AAGCACAGUCAUCCGAAUCACGACAGAAGUACAAAGAGACCUUCUCAAUAGACCCAGUGACCGGAAGUGUAUCUUUAAACCAGUGUUUAAACUAUGAAAGUAAUAGUUACUAUCAAUUCAUAGUUACAGCGAAGGACUCGGGGCCAGACGGGGGAUUGAACAGUACAGCUGAAUUCAUCAUUCGUGUUCAAGACGUCCAAGACAAACCACCGUUCUUUACUGGCAUACCAUACAGAGCAACUAUCAAGGAAAAUAUUGGCACGGGGAAAUCAAUCAUAGGACUGAAUGCUGAAGAUGGCGACCCAGGUGUCUCAAACAAAGUCAAUUACAGUAUAACAUACAGCAGCUGCGGAAAUGUUUUUAAUAUAGACAGUAUAUCAGGUGAUAUCACAACAGCGGGAAACAUUGAUAGGGACAAUGGGAUUGUCAAACAAGAGUCGGGGAAUUGCAUAAUCACUGUGAUUGCAAAGGAGAUUCAAAAAGUAGGCGAGAAACAAUACGGUAAGACAAAUGCUUCGACGAAUGUCACAGUUUUAGUUCAAGACAUUGACGAUAAUCCACCAUCUUUCAGUAAAAAAUCCUACAUUGCAACAGUAGCCGAAAACACACCAAGAGGUGUACCACUAUCACUGAAUACAACAAUAUCCGUUACUGACAUAGACCAGGCGAACAACGCAGAGAUGAAUAUAACACUCAAGUGCAUGAAUAAAUCAACAUGUGAAGACUUCAUUGUCUCACAAACGGCUGUUCAAGGAACUGGAGCCAUUUUAGUACUUGUCCAGGACACCAGUUUGUUGGAUUACGAAAAGCGCAAGCAUAUAAAGAUCACGGUUGUCGCAACAGAGACGGCAAAUAAAACUCAUAUCGCUGAAGCUGUUAUUAAUAUUGCUAUCUCAGACGUGAACGACAAUAAUCCGAAGUUUAACAAUACAUCAUAUACACUAUAUGUCAAAGAAAAUAGUCUAAAUGGAGCAAAGAUUACUCGAAUAACGGCAACAGACGCGGAUAUUUCUUCUAAAUACAACAGCCUGUCCUACUCGAUAUCCGGAGGAAAUGGAAGAUUUAAUGUUGAUACGAACACUGGGGACAUUCUAGUUGACUGUAGUGACUGCACUGCCGAACUUGACAGAGAGAAGCAAAAUGUUUAUUACAUGACCUAUACAGCUAAAGAUGUAGAUGGAAGGAGCGAUUCUGCAUCACUUGUUGUUCAGCUAUUAGAUGUCAAUGACAACACACCUGUCUUUUUAAGCUCGUCAUACAAAGUUAUUGCAGAUGAAAACGAUGAUAAAUAUGUGAGCAAAACACCUUUAAUUAAGGUUGAGGCACACGACAACGACAAAGAAGGUACAAACAACAGUGCAGUUGUGUAUGAUAUUGCAAACACUUCAGUAGCAAAUUUUGAGAAAAACUUAACAAUCAAACCUAACACCGGGGAAGUACAUCUUAAGUCUACGCUGGAUUAUGAAAAACUAGUUAAUUCGUCAGGUGUAAUAUACAUUACUGUCCAAGCUAAAGAUAAUGGAAAGCCUCGACGCAGUAGCAGUGUAACUGUUACCUUAAACGUUCAGGACAUGAAUGACAACAAACCGACGUUCAAACGCACCUUGUAUAAUGCCACAAUUAGAGAAGAUGCAACUUCAAAUGAAACGCAUUACACACUGGUGAAACAAGUUUUUGCUACCGACGAUGAUGGUACAGAGCGGAACAACGAACUAAAUUACAUUAUAAUAAGGGGUGGAUCAGAUAGAUUUACAAUCAAUGCAACCUCAGGAUGGGUCAGUGUCCAAUUAGGGGCAAGAUUUGACAGGGAAACUGAUUCGAACUAUAAUUUGACCAUUUUUGCAAUUGACCAGGGAUAUCCACCUAGAACUGGAACUACAACACUGUCUAUUGACGUUACUGAUGUAAACGAUGUAUUGCCAGAAUUCAGUGAAAAGGAAUAUUCUGCUUCAGUUAAAGAAAACGCUGGCUCUUUAUCGAUUGUGAAAAACUGCCCGGCUUCAGAUGAUGACUUAAAUGAUAUAUUAAAAUAUAGUAUAUCUAAUAUAACGGCAUCGGACGAGAAAGGAAUGAAGGUUAAUCAGUCACUAGUCUCUAAUUACUUUGACAUUUACCCUAAUAAUGGAACCGUAUAUGUCAAAAACAAACCGGACAGAGAGACGGCUGAAAAGAUCAUUUUGACAAUAAUGGUAGAAGAUACAAGAGCUUUUCAUCCAAAACCUCAAAAUGCAUCAGCCAAACUUACUAUCACACUAGAAGAUGUAAAUGAUAACAACCCAGAAUUCAAGAAUAAAUCGUAUUCAUUUAGUGUAGUAGAAAAUUCCCGAAAUGGAACUAUUCUAGGAACAUUAAAAGCAACAGACAAAGAUGUCAAUAGAACAAUAACGUACAAGAUGACGAAAAAUGGAGGCAGUACAAAUGGAUCUUUUAAGAUAGAUCCAAAUACAGGUGUUCUUUCAAAAACGGGAUAUUUGGAUAGAGAAACAAAUAGUAUGGCAUAUCUACAAGUCACUGCAACAGACAAUGGAAUUCCCCCGCGCAACAGAAGUAUUGGCGUUAACGUCACUGUGGACGAUUUUAAUGACAAUUCACCAGUGUUUGUAAAUUUUGCACGCAACGUUACUAUAAAAGAAGAUUCAACGAAUGGGACUGACGUUAUCACAGUAAAUGCAACUGAUAAAGAUGAGGGUCCGAACAAAGAUAUUACAUACACAAUGGAUGCAGAUUCUCAUUUUGAAAUUGAUAAAUCAUCAGGGAUUAUAACUGUAGUUCAAAGCCUUGAUCGAGAGACGAAAGAUACAUAUAAACUGCAUAUUAUAGCCAAAGAUAAUCCAGUUGAUCAGAAGGAACAGAAAAGCACAGACACAACCGUAACUGUUAACAUUGAUGACGUAAAUGAUAACUGUCCAAACUUUAAACGAGCCAAUUACAGUAAAAGGAUUCAAGAGGAUAUAGACGUUGACACUCUUGUAAUCAUUAUUACAGCGACUGAUAAAGACAAAGGAAAUAACUCUGUUAUCACGUAUGAGAUAGACGAUUCAUUAAACAGCCCUCUGUUUUCAAUCAUUGAAAUUACUGGUGGUAUCUAUGUAAAAUCCUCUCUUGCGAAUAAAGUAGGGAAUUACAAUCUGACGAUAAUAGCUUACGAUCAAGGUAUUCCACGGCUGAAUGGAACAGCAAACGUUGUGAUAGAAGUGACAGACGUAAACAGUCAUAAUCCAGUUAUAACAAAGAUCCCGAAUGGAAACGAAAUAAGUGUUUACGAGUGCGCAGAUAUUGGGACCGAAAUACACACUUUCAGUUAUACAGACAAAGACUUUUCCAAAGACAACAAUCAGGCGAACUUUAGUAUUAUAUCAGAGGGAAACAAAACCAUUGCAUUCAGUAUAACCCAGACCGGAGUUUUGAAAGUAAAAAGUAAAUUAGAUGUUAAUAAUCAGUCAAAGUAUACGUUCAGCAUACAAGCAACAGAUAAUGGAAGCCCGCAAUUAUCUUCGAGAGUAGUUCCGAUCACUGUACGAAUCUUAGACGUCAAUGACCAUUUACCAUCUUUCGACAAGGCUAAAGUUACUUGGUCAAAACCUGAAAAUACAACAUUUAUUGAGAAAAUUGGCACUGUGACGGCAUAUGAUAAAGACAGAGAUUCUAGAAUGUGUUAUAAAAUCAUUAAGUCAAACUGGACAGACUAUUUCAACAUCAGUGAGCACAAUGGAGAGAUAUUUUGUGUAAAGGAGCUUGAUCAUGAAGCUGUGACAUCUAUAUCAUUUAAGGUUAACGUGACGGAUUGUUCACUUGAAAAGAAUACUACAUAUUGUAACAAAAACAAAACGGCAGACAUUUUAAGAGCUCAAAGAGGUGUAAGAGAAACAAUAGAAGUUGUUGUUAAUGUGAAAGACAUUGAUGAUAGUCCUCCGGUGUUCAAGCAGAAAAAUUUAGCUACUGGCAUGCGGAGAAACACCGAAGCGGAUACUGAGUUAGAAUUAAAUUUAAGGAUGAUAUCUGAUAGUGAAGAUGAGUUUUUCAAGUCACUGGACAUUGACAACAUUUCUAAUACAGUAGUUAAUAAUGCAAUAUAUCAGACGGACAUUAGCAUGGUCGCUGAAAAUGACGCAGAGUAUGAACAAAAUGUUAUAAACUACUACAUUGCAACUUCUGAUUUAAGAUCCGUUGACAGUGAAGUACAUCCAACAAAUAAAAGCACGGUCGAUGAAAAGGCAACGGCUAUUGAUAACGCAGCAGCUAUGGUAGACGACAGUAAGGUAGUUGAAAUAGCGGAGGGACUGAUAGACAGUAUUUUUGUUGAAAACGCCACAGAAAACGCUGCAGAUCAGACGGACUAUAGCAUGGUCAUAGAAAUUGAAGCAGAUUAUGAUCAGAGUAUUAUAAAUUAUUAUACUAAGACUCAAAAUGCAAAAGAUAAGUGUUCUGUCGAUGAAAAUGCAGAAUAUCUGACGGAUAAUAGCGCGAUUAUUGAAAACGAAGCAGACUAUCAGGAAAGAGUUAUAAGUUACUAUAUUGCCACCCAAGAUACUGAUUGUGACAAAAAUGUCAUAAAUGUUGCAUCGAGAAAGCAAUGUAAUGACGAUGACAUGUGCAGAGGCCAAUCACCUAAACCCAAACGAAAAAAUUGGCGCAAAAAGCCUACUCGUAAAAAACUUAGGUAUAUUGACAAUGAAAAUACUACAGGAAGAAAGGACAACGUUGAUAGUGGAAGUGAAAGCGAAAAAUAUUCCUCUCAGCCAUUUUGUUGGACUUGGAAAAAGAAAGUCGUAUGA